AGUAGCCAGCCACGGGGCAAACCAUUCGGUCCAGAAGAGCGUGUCUUAAGAUCUCGGUUAACUCCCCCAGUUCUUCGCUCCUCUAUUUCUUUUUUUUUUCUGGUGUUGCUCAGUGACAGUGAGUGUGCAAGUGUGUGUGGUGUUUUCGGUGGUGCAUGACCCUUUGACCGCAUGCCCGGUCACGUGAACCACCUUCUGCUCCUUGGCUGCCUGCUCUGCCUGCUCGGCGAUGUGCCGAGAAUCGAGGCUUUCCACCGCUGGAGUCCCAUGAUGAAGGCCUUCCGCUAUCUCCAGGAGACCAUGCUCCGGAAUAGCCUGGAACGUGCCCAUCUCAAUCAUGGCAUCGUCUUCGAGUGUCGCACCAUAUCAGCUAAGGAUUUUGGUAAUGAAGUGCAUUUCAAUCUGCAGCUUGGAGACCUUCGAGGAUUUCGUCGCCUCGAUCCUAACAAAAAGUUGGCCCUAUUUUUGCACGGCUGGAAUGAUCAGGGCAGCAAGGAUUGGGUGCAAGAGUUAUUGCUAACUUGGACCCUAUUCGACUCCAAUUACAAUGUGUGCGUUGUGGACUGGGGAAAUCUGUCGCAGAACGACUACAAGUCCGCAUCCAUGUCCAUUUUCGAUGUGGGUCUAACGGUGGCUGGAAUCAUCAUGGCCCUGGAGGAGCUGCGUCCCAAUCACUUUCAUCGAAGCAACGUGACCUUGGCGGGCUACAGCUUGGGUGCCCAUGCCGCUGGAUAUGCGGGCGCAGUGUUGGAGGGUCAGGUGGAGCAGAUCAUAGGCUUGGAUCCCGCUGGACCGCUGUUCUCGCUGCCCGCCGAGGUGGCGCCCAAGUACCGCCUGGAUCCAGGAGAUGCGCAGUUCGUCCAGGUACUUCACACUUCCGGCGGCUCCUUGGGCACCAGUCUGAAGUGCGGCCACGCCGAUUUCUAUCCCAACGGAGGCAGGGCGCCGCAAACGAAUUGCAAGAUGUUCGCCAAUCUGCGUGACAUGCAAAAUACCAAUCCCGUUUCCUGCAGUCACUCGGCGGCUGCGAUCUUCUUCCGGCAAUCGAUGGAUCCCGAGUACCCGUUCGUGGGCUACGAGUGCGGCAGCUACCGGGAAUUCGCCGCCGGAUAUUGCGAUGGCAACCGGAAGGCGCGCUUCGGUAUCCAUUCGCAGAGGCGUGCGCAGGGUAGCUUCUAUUUCCGCACCGCCCCCCAGCAGCCGUACGUGCCGAGGCGUCAGACCAACUGGCUGAGCGGGGUGGGGCGAAUGUCGUCGAGCAAGGUCAGUCAGGUUAGCCAAAGCCCCCUGGUGCUGCGCCUCUGGACGAACAGCUGGCGGCGGCGCGAGCGAGCGAGAGAGCGACAGCGAAGAGACAGAGACAGAGAGAGUGAUCGCUGUGCGUGAAUAAGUAGUUCCUAGUGUUUUGUUAGUGUUAAAAUAAACGCAGCCUAAAUGUAUGCAAUCAUUUUAUGAUGGAAAAGAGACGUGACAGCCUAAGGGUUAAUCAACAAUCAACAGCACAUUGUUGGAUAAAGUUUACUGUAAUAAUAUGUCUAACAAAACAAUGUAUUUUCAUUUCACUUUAUUUUGUGCUGCGAUUCUAUUUAUAACUCCCACAAACCAAUAUUCCUUAAAAAAAACAGAUGAUACUUAAGAUACUUAAGCUUACUUAAAAUCUCUAGCGAGUUCAUCGUAAUUCGCCGAAGUUUCUCACAAGAAUAUAAAUCUCUAGAGCGUUUUUAUUUUUUUUUUUACUCUUAACGAACGUAGCAGUAAAUAUUUCCGUUCAAUUUGGCAGCCAGCCGGUUUUCGCCAUGUUCUUGUAAACUGCAUAAAAAAUAACAAGAAAGCCAAACGGCCAAACACACAUGGAAAAGUCGUUGACUUGCAGCCACAAAACGGCGAAAAGUCGGCUGCAUUUAACAGUUAAUCGUAAAGCAAAAUUGUGAGAGAAAAAGAAAAUAGAAAAUGGAAAAUGGAAAAUGGCGGAACAAGAACAAGCAGCAGAAAACAAUAAACUGAAAUUCAAUUUUCGCAUUGUAAAACAUAAUUUUCUACAAAACUUGACGUCAGCUUGGCCCGCUUUUUGCUAAAAGGUAGUUAAUAUUUUUGCAGUCCAUUGCGGCCGUGCCCCGCCCCCGCGCCCCUCUCACAGCACCGGAAAAAUAAGUAUGUACUCUAGUAG